CCCUCUUCAGACCCACCCACCAUUUCCUCUCCUCUUCUACAGCAUAUGUCUCAAAGGGCCAACGUUCCACACUUUUCCUCCAUAGCCUUCGGCCUCCACUCCCAUCUCCUGGUUUCCAGUGAGAUGAGCUCUAAUUCCAACUGGUCUUUUUCCUCUUGAUCCUAAUUUUAGAGAGGGAUUUUGAUUUUGAUUUUACCUGUUUAUUUUGAUCUUCUCUUUUCGAUUUGAGUUUCUGAGAAAAUGGGUUUGAAGGGAUUUGUUGAAGGAGGCAUUGCUUCCAUUGUUGCCGGCUGCAGUACUCACCCCCUGGAUUUGAUUAAGGUCAGGAUGCAGCUUCAAGGGGAGGGGCCGUCGGCCGUUCAGCCUCUCCGCCCUGCUAUGGCAUUCCCUACCUCCGCCGCCCACAACAUCCACCUUCCGCCUCCUCCUCCCCCGCCGCCCCGCGUCGGUCCUCUUUCUGUUGGGAUCCGGAUCAUCCAGCAGGAUGGCGCUGCAGCUCUCUUCUCCGGCGUUUCUGCUACUGUCCUCCGCCAGACCCUCUACUCCACCACCAGGAUGGGGCUCUACGACAUCCUGAAGAAGAAAUGGACCGAUCCGAAAACCAACAACAUGCCUCUCACGAGGAAGAUUGUCGCCGGACUCAUCGCCGGCGGCAUCGGAGCCGCCGUAGGGAACCCCGCCGAUGUUGCUAUGGUCCGGAUGCAGGCCGACGGCCGCCUCCCGGUGGCCCAGCGGCGCAACUACAAGAGCGUGGUGGACGCCAUUUCGCAAAUGACCAAGAACGAGGGCGUGACUAGCCUGUGGCGCGGCUCAUCCCUUACGGUGAACCGCGCCAUGCUCGUCACCGCUUCUCAGCUCGCAUCGUAUGAUCAGGUCAAGGAAAUGAUACUUGAGAAAGGCUUGAUGAAGGACGGGCUGGGGACUCACGUGACGGCGAGCUUCGCCGCCGGAUUCGUGGCGGCGGUGGCGUCGAACCCGGUGGACGUGAUCAAGACCCGCGUGAUGAACAUGAAGGUGGAGGCGGGGAAGGCGCCGCCGUACAGCGGGGCCCUCGACUGCGCGAUGAAGACGAUCAAUGCUGAGGGGCCAAUGGCGCUUUACAAAGGGUUUAUUCCGACGAUCUCGAGGCAAGGACCAUUCACUGUCGUGCUCUUUGUCACACUGGAACAGGUCCGGAAGCUGCUCAAGGAUUUCUGAAACUAGCUGAUGAUGACGAAGAAUUGGGGUGGAAACUAAGAACACAUAAAUCUUUUCGACUAUUUUAGCAAAUAUUAAUUUCCCAUAAAAAGAUUAUGAUUAUGUCACAAGGUUUAAAUGUAAUAAUAAUCUUUAGUGUUACACAUGUUGUCUUUUUA